ACAAAUGCCAACAAACAACGUCACACCCACCCACCUUUUGCUUGACAUGAUCGCAAGAACCACCACAGCAAGUACACAGACAGACACAGAAGCUUCCUUCCUUCUCGAUGCACUCGCGAAGCAGCGAGCGAUCAUCAUCACCACCAGCACCCGCACCAGCAGUAGCAGCAGCAGCGGCGACGCUGUCCUUUGUUGUGUUUUGCGCCAAAGGUCGCAGAGAACCACGAUGGCUUCGACCUGCGCGGGCAAAAGCGACCGUGCUGCUGUGACGGCAUUGGCUGCUGCGGUAUGCCUGAUUUCCAUGUUGCAUGUGCCAGGCGCAACAGCGAACGCCACUGCCACACAUUGGACGCCUCCCCAGGAUGACUGGACAAUCACCGUGUUCUCAGAUGUCGACUGCUCUGAAUCAGCCAUGACUCAUGUGCGAUACACAGCCGUGAGUGGGUGUUCAUCCAUCACGGACUACACGAAUGCGCGCUGCGACUGCAAUGAUCGCUUUGUCCGUGAGCGCGCCAACGCGGAUUGCUCGAACAGUGGCACAGAGAACGGCCCCUUGUCCGGCACCAGCACUUGCCAGUCGUCCACUGCGAUGAACAAGAUGUUCCAGACAUAUUGCCCCGCUUCUCUGCCGGAGUGGGCGGAUGUGCUGGGUGAUGGCAGUACCGUGACACCCGAUCUCGUUGUGGCACUCUUUGGAGACAAUGCGUGCUCCAAUGCGAGCUUCAUUGCCUAUGAUGUGGUGAAAGAAGGCACGUGCAUAUCCUACGACAGCAGCCAAUACAGUGCCACGCUGCUGCAGUAUCCGCAGGUGCAGUUGAAUGACUGCAACAACGCAAGCGUUGGUACUACGGUGUGGGAGCGCCAGUGUUUCAACCUCAGCAAUGGCCUGUUUGGCGCCAUCUGCUCCGACUGCUUUGGUGAUCUGGCUUACAACCCUUCAAGCGCAACGCAGCACUGCACGGAUGGAUCACCGUCCACAACUAGUGUGCUUUCAACUACCACAGCGCAAUGUGCCUUGGGGUUCGUGCAGUCUCCAGGCACAAGUGCGAGUGGAAGGGCUUGCGAAUCAGACGCAUAUGCGUGUGUGGAUGGGAAGAUUGAGCCGUUCUCGGCUUUGUGCACGUGUUCAGAUACCAACUGCGUCUUGUGCUACGACAGCGCCAGUGGCGCAUACGACAACCUUGGAGUGACGAUGAUUGGGUAUGACGAGCCCGAUAAUGAAUACCUCAUGUGCGAGGAGAAUGUGGCUGAUGUUGACGCGUGCGUGACGCUGUGUGCAUCCAUGAGCAAUUGCACAUCGUUCUCCUAUGAAGAGACAGCGGCCAUAUGCUGCUUCUUCGCUGGCGGCGUGGUCGAAUUCAAGGACGAGAUGGAUUCGGGGGAUUCCAUCAUCUACUUUGCCAUGGAUGGCUGUCACGAAUGCGACUUCAACUACUACCUCAAGGACAUGGCAUGCCACGUGGUAAACUUCCCGCCGCUUGUUGCCUCAUAUGAUCCGCAGGAGUUCAUCUUCUCCAUCAACGACCAGGGAUCAUUUCCCCGCGUGCUCACCAACCUCUUCAUCUACCCUGGCGUAUAUGCGGACUCGACGGUUGAAGUGGACGUGAGCGUUGCGGAGGAGUACAGUGACAUUGUAAAUAUCACAGGCAGCGAUGUAAUGCUUCUUGCACCCUUCAACGCGACAGGCGUCUACAACGUCACAAUCACAGCGCAAGAUAAUCGCAAUGAAUGCGUGUACGAUGAUGAUGGCAGCCGGUAUGACGGACCCUGUACGACCGACUACGUCAUCCAGAUUGUCGUGAUGGAUAUCGUGUGUGCAGAGGACCAGCUUCUUAUUGCCACAAACGACGACCACGCCGACACCGACCUUACAUUUCCGACUGCUUUUCCGUUACCGCAGUCCCAGUUCAAUGUCACAUCCUCCAAAGAGGACCUCAUGUCUUUCCCGCUUGGAGUCACAACCGUCAACUUCACGGGCGAGAGCGAGUUGUGGGGCGUUAUCAACUCGUGUGGCACCACGGUGAGUGUUUUUCGAGGUGUGGAGGUGGAAGUGGAUGUGCUCUCAGCAACCAGCGGCGACAACAUCAUGACCAUUUUCGUCGUCACAAACCUUUUUGGAGAUGUGCUGUCACCUCUUGGCGGGUUCAACAUGACGCAAGACACGAAUGAUGUCAUCAUCUCCAUCUCCGCGUCCACGGGCGAGCCGUUCCUCGUCUCCUCGCAGACCAAUCAGUACGACCUCCGCCUUUCUUUCGAUCUGCGCUUCUGUCCAGACGGCGUCUCCUUUCCUACUUCGGCAACCCUGGUCGACAUGGACCAAAGCACAGACACCAGCAGUGCCAGCGGCAUGCGGGCAGUGUGGGCCGAGUUUCGCAGUGAUGGGGACGUUCCCGGCGUGACGCUUGUGACGAAGCAGGCGGUGGUGGACGCAGAGUCCGGUUGUUUCCGUGUUUCUGGCGAGUCCUCCCCGAUUCGCGACCAAUUCCUCUUCGACACCAUCGACAUUUACUUCACGUUUGCAGAGGAUGCGUUUGUUGCAGGCCUGCUGCCAGUGGACAUGGCACCCGUGUCGCCCGGUUACGUAGCGUUUGUUGCAGACAGCGGUACAUCUCCGCUGCCGCCAUCACUGCUGCUCGAACCGCCGGUCACCCUCGAGGACCGCGAGGCGCCAAAGUUCACCAACUGCCCGAGUGAGCCGAUUGUAGUGUACGCAGGCCACGGCGAGGCCACCGCGGUUGCCAUGUGGGAUGACAUUGUUGUGACGGACAACAUUGGCGCUGUCCUGACACCGCCGGACAGGGGACCCGGAUCAGCGUUCAGUGUUGUCGACAGCCCGCAUGCCAUUGUCUACUCUGCAACCGAUGGUAUCUUUACCACUACGUGCGAAUUCUGGGUGAUUGUGAAUGUUGAGGAAGAGCUGGCGGUAUCGCUGUCUCCGCGCAUCUCCACCAUCACGAAGGAGGAAGAGACGUUUGCUGGUGCGGCCCUGUACGCCGUCACGUACUCGCUCUUGGAUGAUUCGCCACACAACCUCACGUUUACGGAGGAUCUGUUGACGAAGAACACCAUCUCUGUCACGUUUGCAGAGGCGAGCCGCCUUGCUGUUGUUCUACAAGGAACAGCAAACGCGACAGACGUGCGGUUACAGGUGGAUAUGCAGUGGGUCACCUCGCAAUCGUUUAGCCAAGACAUCCUCAUUGAUGCAGAUGACAUCAAGGUGACGGCGGUGCUGACACCAGCCACCAUCGAUGACACCUCGUCAUCAUCAUCAUCAUCGCCAUCAUCAUCCCCGGACGGAGCGCUGACAGAGGAACUCGCGCUUGAGUUCUCAUCCCUGCACAGAGAGAUGGUGCUUGGCAGCAGUGGCGGUGAGAUUACGGUCGUUGGCGAGGCCCCCAUAUCCGGUGCCGUUGCAUUUGGCAGCAUCAUUCUCAAGCUCACGUACAUCAACGAUCUCGAAACGAACCUGCCAUCACAAAUGACAGAGUGGACACCCCAGACCGCCACAAUUGGCUUCCGAUAUCUGUACGACGAAGACACGACUGUGGCAGAGGAUGUGUACGCUGUUGCAUUUUAUGAUGCCAACCCACCCGUCAUCUUCGGCUGUCCAACAGAAGCAAUUCGGGCCAGUAACGACCCUGGCAAGCAACACGCAACCGUCUCCUUCCCCAAACUGACGGCUGAGGAUGAUCAGGCAGGGUUUAUUGUGCCCACAAACCCGCUGUAUACCAACUUCACCGGCACGUUUGAAGUGCAGCUGCCGCCAGCAUUGUCUGGUGUCCGUGUCGUGUACACGGCCACGGAUUGGUACGGGAACACAGCGACGUGUGCGUUUGAUGUGCGCGUGGUUGACAGUGAGCCACCACAGGUGGUCUGCCACCCCGAUGUUGUCGUGUGGGAGCUGAGUGCUGGCAGUGAUGAUGUGGAUCUGACCAUGGACGAUAUCACGGGCAACUACACGGACAACGUCGACUUUGACGGAUGGGUGACAGUGCAGGAACCACGGGGAGGCGUCUCCCUGGGUGUUGGCAACUACAGCUUCACGACAACGGUGUCAGACGCGUAUAAGAACACCAACAGUUGCGUCACGUACAUUGAGGUUAUCGACAUGACACCACCAGCCAUUCUGUCCUGCCCCACCGAUCAAACGGGUGUGGCAGACCCAGACCUGGACCCGAAUGAUCCCUCGCUUCCAAUAGCUGGCGCUGCAAGCAACACCGACACCUACGUUGCCAUCAACUUCACAGCCUCCAUCAUGCAGAACAUUCGCUUUCACAACGAUGACGUGGCGCGGCUGGAGAAGGACGUGCCAACGCUCGCGCGGUACGCGGCAGGCCGCACCCCCGUGACGGUGACGGCAUACGAUGCCGCUGGCAACCCUGCCGUGUGCUCGUUUGACGUGGUGGUGGCAGACACGACGCAGCAGCAGCCGCAGGCGGCAACAGCGCUUGAUUCGAGUGCGCUUGCUGGCAUUGGGACGGGCGCAGGCGUUGUUGUCAUGGCCCUCGCUGUUGUCGUCUUCAUGCUUCGCCGUGUAUCUAGAAAACCACAGGAAUGGGAUGACAUUUUUGCGUCUAUGGAGGCGUUUUCGUUGCAGCAGGAGGCACAGGGCGGCCCCGUGCGCCCGCGUGAAAUCCGGCGCGCACAGCUGAAACUCAACCUCGAACUCGGCAAGGGCGCGUUUGGCAUCGUGUACAAGGGCCUCCUCAAGGACAUCCCUGGUGUGCCGGCAUAUCUGGUGGCGGUGAAAUCGCUUCACGACAACGCGACGGGCGCCGAUAAGCAGGAGCUGCUGGAGGAGGCUGCUGUCAUGGCCCAGUUUGCACAUCCAAACGUGGUGGCCAUGGUCGGUGUUGUGACUGUUGGCGAUCCCCUCCUCGUCAUUCUCGAGUACAUGGAGCAUGGCAGCCUCAAGUCGUACUUGGAGAACAAGGACGUGCCGUCGGAGCUGAAGAUUCAGUUUAUUGCCGACUGCUGUGCAGGCCUCGCUCACAUCCACGCAAAGGGCUUCAUUCAUCGCGAUGUGGCAGCACGAAAUGUUCUCAUCUCAACGGAGGUGACGGCAAAGAUUGCCGACUUUGGCCUUACGCGCGAGUCGAAAGAACACGAAGACUACUACCGGUCGCGUGGCGGUGCGCUGCCUGUGCGAUGGACAGCUCCAGAGGCACUCGAGUCGCGCAAGUUUGACGAGUCGACGGAUAUUUGGUCCAUGGGCAUUGUCAUGCAUGAGGUGUACACACGCGCAGAUACGCCGUACAAGGGAUUCACAAAUCAGAAGGUCUGGGUGCAGGUGUGUGCCGGGUACCGCCUCCCACGACCGCCAACGUGCCAACAAGUGGUGUAUGAGUCGAUGCUGCGGUGUUGGGCGGCGGACCCGUCGCAGCGGCCGUCGUUCACGGAAUUGGAGCAGACGUUCCGAAAGUUGCAGGAAACCAAUCUCGCCCCCGCCAUUGGAGCACGGCCGUCCCACCACGCUGACGUCGUACCAAACCCAUACGUUGACGACCCGACCAACUGCCCGGAUAACGACACAGUGGCAGCAUACAUCGACAACGAACGCAUGGCUACGAACCCCAUGUACCGAGGGAACCGCAACGUGGCUGCAGCAGCUGCUGCUGCUCACAAGGCGCCACCACCACAGUCGUCAUCAUCAUCGUCAUCAUCGCGACCAACAGCAUCGGCGCCCCCACGCCCGCCAGUGGCAGAAGAGGAGCCGGAUGCGUACGUGGACAUGAUGAACGUUGCCGAGGUGAAACUGGAGGCAUGCGAGAUUGUGCAACAGCACCAAGAGACAAAACAACAUCAAAGUGCACCAACGCAACAGCGAGUGGAGCGGAUCGACGAAGAAAAGAAUGAGCAGGAGUACAUGGACUUGACGGGUUUCAUUGAAGUACCGCUGGAGACAGUGAAGGAACCAACGACCACAGAAACGAAGGUUGUUGCCGUUGAAGGGCACACUGCAUCUUCGCAACGCUCGGCACAAGCAAGCACACCAGACCAGGGCUCUGGGAGGAUUGCAAAAGAGGAGGACGAGGAGGAAGGCGUGCCUGCUGAGGAACGCACAUACCUUGAACCCAUCGCACAGCUCAUUUCAAUGUGAUGAUCAUCUACAAUGUAUGUGUGUGUUGCAUGUAUGCAUGUGUGUGUUUGCGUGUGCAUGUGUGGGAGUGUGUGUGUCACGGGGUGGCCCGUGGAACGGAGUCAACACACACAGCAAGACGUGCUUUUCAUGUCGUGUGCUUUUGAGGCAUGUUGAUGAAGAAGUAAAGGCACACCGUUGGCACGCGCCAGUCAGAUUGAAGGAUUGAAAGACAAGCAACAC